AUGAAGGUCCUGUGUUUCCUUGGCUUCAUCGCCUUGGUUGCUGCGUCCCCGGCGCCCAUUCACAAGCGAGGCGUAUACAAGGUUGAGCGUGUACCGAACCCAAACUACACUGGCCGCAAUGGCCCCCGAGCAUUACUCAAGACUCUCCGCAAAUACCGCAUGCCCAUCCCCGAUGGUCUCAUGGACGCUGUCGCGAAAGCUGAUAUCGAGAUGAUUUCCCGGAGACAAAUCGGAUCGUCGAGGGUCAGGAGACAAGCUACCAACACGACUGGCGCCGCCGCCCUUGCUGCCGCUGGAAACACCACUGCAGGUGCUGCCGCCACUGGAGUUGGUCUCGUCACUGCUACGCCUGAGCAGAAUGACGUCGAGUACUUGUCCCCCGUUGACAUUGGUGGUCAAACUUUGAACCUCGAUUUCGACUCUGGCUCCUCAGACCUGUGGGUCUUCAGCAGUCAGCUUUCCACUGCGGCGACCACUGGCCACACUGUGUACGACCCUAACAAGUCUCAGAGCUUCGCGCUCAUUCAGGGUGCUACUUUCUCUAUCUCAUACGGUGAUGGCUCUGGUGCUGCCGGUAACGUCGGCACUGACACUGUCAAUCUUGGUGGUGCCACUGUCACCAAGCAAGCCGUCGAGUUAGCCACGGCCGUGUCCCAGUCAUUCGUGGAGGAUACCAACAACAACGGUCUGCUCGGUCUCGCCUUUUCCAAGCUGAACACCGUCAAGCCCGCACAGCAGAAGACCUUCUUCGAUAAUGUUAUGCCCUCGCUUGCCGAGCCUGUCUUUACCGCCGACCUGAAGAAGGCUGCUGUUGGAUCCUACGAAUUCGGCCGCGUCGACGCCGCCAAGUUCACCGGGGCCAUGACCUUCGUCCCCGUCAACACCACUCAGGGCUUCUGGCAAUUCACCAGCGAGAAGUUCGCCGUCGGAACUGGCGCGGUUCAGACGUCUGUCGCUGGCUCUCAGGCUAUUGCCGACACGGGAACUACGCUCAUCCUGGCUGAGCCCGCUGUCGCCCGAGCAUACUACGCCCAAGUCCCCAACGCUGUCAAUGAUGCCCAGGCUGGUGGGUUUGUCUUCCCUUGCAACAGCAAUCUGCCAGAUCUUAUGCUUGAUAUUGGCGGUACGAUGGCCAAGGUUAGCGGAUCCGAUAUUAACUUCGCGCAAGUUGAUGCUCAAAACUGCUUCGGUGGCAUGCAAGCAACCCCCGCCAACCUCCAGAUCUACGGAGACAUCUUCUUCAAGAGCAACUUUGUCGCCUUCAACGGUGGCAAUAGCUCCCUCGGAUUUGCCCCGCAUGCUUAG